AUGGCCUUGGGCUGUGGUGGUGCGGGCGAUGCGAUCCCCCACGAGCACCAGCAGAACUUGCUUCUGUCGCGCAUUAUCACAAAUGUGGAGAAACUCAAUGAAGCGAUCGUGGUGAUGAACAAGGCUCUCCAGGACAUCAACAUCCAGAAUAUGAACAUCGAGCUGGUCGCCCAGAUGUUCAAGAACUACCAGUCAAACGUCCUCUUCCACCUCGAGGCCACGGACAAUCUGAAAGAGCCCGCAUAG